GAUCUUAAAAGUAAAUAGGAAUACUUGUGCACUGUGCAAUAUUAUUAUUUGUAUCGGAAGUUCGAAAAUAUUUUAGUUUUGAUUCUCAAUCAUUGUAUUUAAAAUUAUUUUAGUAGUCAUUGAGUACAGUUGAUUAAAGUCAACCGGUUCGCGUGUUUUGAAAGGAAUAAAUGAAUCUUUCAGACGCUUCCGAUGAUGGUUCCAGCAGUGAAGAUGGUUCUGUGCCGGCUAAAAGAUAUCGCUCCGAUACUUAUGGGGCCUCAUCAACAACAUCUCAUGGCUCUGCCCUACAGGAGUCUGAUGAAGAAACAAAGGAAAAGGGUUAUAAUGACCAUAUGGUGGAUAACACAGAAGAAGGUAAAAAAAAGACAAUGUAUAUAGAGAAUACUUUGGAAAGAAGUAGUAGACUUAGCAGAAGUAGUUUAAGUGAAAACUGUUCAUCCCCUAAUGAUGGUUAUGAUGAUUAUAGACCUGGAUUUGAUGAAAACAAUGAUGGUAUGAUCAGACCGAGCUUUCAAAGUUCAACUGAAAGUACAUUUUAUAACAAGUCAACUGAAAUGGAGCAAGUAUUCCAAAGUGAUUAUUCAGAUAAGUCAAAGAGAAUGAUGAGUAAUAUGGGAUACAAGCCUGGCAAAGGCUUAGGUAAAUUUGAACAUGGUAGAGUAGAUCCAGUUGAAGCAUCCAAUCAAAAAGGUAGAAGAGGUUUAGGUUUACAGCCUUCAGUGGUUGGAGAGGUUCCAAAAGAAUUUACCUGGUCUCCUGAUGAAACAAAAGCUGUUGCAAAGGAGGCAGUUGUGUGGAUGCCUUCCCCACCGGAACAAGAAACUCUGUCAGGAGAUGUUCUAGAUGAUUGGUUAAAAAAAGGACCUAAAAAGUUAACUAUCGAUGAUGAAAAAAACUUUGUUGAACCAAGUAUUUUAGAAGGCAUCAUAAAAGCUAAGACAAUUUUUGACAGCUUGUAUGAUGAAGAUAUGAGAAAUGCCAGGUUUAGAAGUAAUCCAUAUGAAACAAUAGGUUCAGUUAUAUUUUUAAACAGAGCAGCUGUGAAGAUGGCAAAUUUAGAUGCAGUAUUUGAUUUUAUGUUCACGCAACCUACUCAACCUUCAGGGGAAUCUUCUAUUGACAAAAAUGAUAUUUUAUAUUUUGCUGAUGUUUGUGCGGGUCCUGGUGGAUUUUCCGAAUAUGUUUUAUAUAAAAAAGGAUGGGGAGCAAAAGGUUUUGGUUUUACUCUCAAAGGGCCAAAUGAUUUCAAAAUAUCAGAUUUCUAUGCUGGUUCACCAGAAACAUUUAAUACAUUUUAUGGUGUUAAAAAUGAUGGCAAUGUUUAUGAUCCAGCUAAUUUGAUGUCUUUGAAAGACUUCGUUUUAAAUCAGACUGAUGAUAAGGGAGUUCAUUUCUUAAUGGCUGAUGGUGGGUUUUCGGUAAGAGGGCAAGAAAACCUUCAAGAGAUACUGUCGAAGCAGCUGUAUCUUUGUCAAUGUCUGGCCGCCUUGAUGCUUGUUAGAACGGGAGGACACUUCGUGGUGAAGAUGUUUGAUGUGUUUACCAAAUUUAGUGUUGGCUUGAUAUACAUUAUGUACAGAUGUUUUGACCAAGUUUGCAUAAUAAAACCAGUGACGUCAAGGCCAGCCAACUCUGAGAGGUAUCUGGUGUGCAAAUGGAAGAAGACGGGCACAGAGUCGGCAGAACACCAUCUCUAUUCAGUCAACUCCAGCCUGUGGAACGACAGAGACACAGAUAUCACAGAACUAGUUCCACUGUCUGUUAUCAAGGAAGAUAAGGGCUUCUACAAUUACAUUUAUAACAGUAAUUGUGUUAUAGGUGAAAGUCAGAUAAAACAUUUGCUUAAAAUAGCUGAAUUUAGUAAAAACAAGGACUUAAAGGAACCCAUCCAAACUGAAAUGAGAGAAGAAUGCUUAAAACUGUGGCAACUACCAGACAGAGUACGGACACAACCCGAAAGACGCAGUUCCGAUGAAACCUUGAUACAUAUAUUGAGUUUGAUGAAGAAACAGCACGCAGACAGCAGUAACCCGUUCGCGUUCAAAAACAGUGUGCUCAACAAACCGCCAGAGUACGUCGAGAGAGUUGCGCAGCUGCAUGUCUUUAAGAAUGUCUAUGAUUGGCACUUUACGUUUCUGACGAGUGGCAAGAAUAGACCGGAUCUAAGAAUAUUUAUAGGAUGUGGAGGCAAACGUGUGUACCAACUGGAUGGAACUAGAUGGAAGAAUGUUGUGGGCUUGAGCAUAUUGUUGCCAGCGAAUACACUUAUUUAUGGAGAGAUAGUAAAAGAAUUCCGAGGACAGGGAACGAAACAAAUGCACAGCAAAGCUUUACAUGUGAUCGAUGCUAUGAUGAUUGGUGGAGUUGAUAUUUCACAUCUGCCACUGUCGAAAAGAAUAAACCAGUGCGCGAAGUUAUGCACUGCUUUAGAAAAACCUCUUGACGAUGUACUUUUGCCUAUCAGAUGUAAGCGUUUCUUCAAUAUGGAAUCUUUUUCAUCUGCUGUCGGCAAUCUGGAAUACCGAGCUAUGAAGAGAUCCGGAAAAGCUGUUACCAUAGACAUUCCUAAACGUAAUCAAAGAGAUGAUUUAUUCUAUGUCGUCGGUUCAGUGAUGUUUAUUAAGGAGAUAAAAGAACCGUGGUCCGCACAAAUGUCCAAAUCACACGGUCGCAAGUACUAUUUCAAAAUUGAGAAAGAAGGUCCCAGAAGUGAGUAUCACGUGGAGGAAGAGGCAGCAAUGGACAUGAUUGCGGGGUUUACCAGCAGGGUGAUGUGGCCGUGGGAGGAAGAGGCUAUCGCCAUACUUGAUGGCUAUGAACAAGCAGGCAUAUCAAAAGUUGACAUGGAAAACUACAUAGCGCGCAAUAUUCAGAGAUAAGUGUGGGAUGUUUAUGAGGCAACAAAUAAGGCAUAAUAUGAAAUAAAAGUAACCCUAAGAGUA